UAUUUUAAAAAUCCGUUAAAUGUUGAAAAUAAAAAAUCUUUGUUACAUUUUGCCGUUUUUAUUUAAUUUAGAAUUAGUGUUCAUUGUGGUGCUCAUAAUAAUUAUUAAUAGGUAAUUAAAAUGUUGAAUAACCAGUUGUAAAUGCUGAAUUGCAUAAAUAACAUAUUUUCCUUCUGAUUCCCAGUGUAAAAAGUUUAAAUAUCCUGUUUUUCAUUCUGGAGCUAUUAUUUAUAAUUGAAUAAAUACUUAGAACAACUCCACCACCCUAAUUACAAAAAUGAGCCGAGAAAGAAGAGAAGACAUAUCAAAAAGAAUAUUGGAAACCAGCAGACAAACUCAGAAACUGAAGCAAGAACUGGAAGCGCUAAUAGCGUCAGGAAUUCGAGGGAAAUCAGCUGUUACACUUCAUAGUGAUCAACAUUUGCCCACAGUGCCUUCUACCAGUCAGAUAUCAACCUACAGAGAUCUACAAGCUUUAACAACAGGACCUUCACAUACGCAAAUUAUUAAGAGUUACGACUUGAAAUACUCCGAUCGUACGAAUAAAGCUCCUCACAAAGCGAAAAGCACGGAAAACCUAAUUGGUCAAGAACAGGCUGAAAUUGUUGGUGCUAAGCGAAAACCAUACGAUCAACAUGAAGCAAGGGAGUUUAUCAAGAAACAGAAGGCUAAAAGAAAAGAAGAACUCAAGAAGAAGUCAUCUAAUCAACUUGAGAACGAACUUCGUAAGGAGAAGUUACAAAAACUUCAAGAGCGAGCAAGAGAAUUGGUCAAGCGAAACGUCCAGGGUCGAACAGGAGCACGAACUCGAACCAAGUCUGCAGAACCGCAAAUACAAAAAUUCAGAGAAGCGAGUAGAUCUCUUUCUAGAGAACGUAAAAACCAAAACCCGAGUAUCAGUCCACGAGUUUCGAAUGGCGUAAGAAGGCCCUUAGAUCCGAACUUUUUAUGUCCACCGAAGCAAGUGUAUGGAAUUCGGCAAAUGGAAUUAUCACAAGGGUUAAUCAAUGUCAAUAUUCCAACCAAGAAGUCGGAUAAACCUAAGGAUAUUCCUAUGGAAACUAAAGAAGAACGGCGUGCCGAAAUAGCUGUACCCAUUAAAAUGGACAUUGAUAAUAGUCAUACGCAAGUACAUCAUAAUGAUCGAAACCUUAAUAAUGAGUUGUCUGGGGCGACUUCUAAUACAGGAAAAACUCAAGUUUCUCAACAGGUGAAUUCUCAAAAGUGUGAUAUGAAUUCAAAACCAGUUCCCGAAUGGCUUAAGGAACAACCGCCAACUGACCCAUGUAAUUUCAUAAAUACGGUAAAAAGGCGCCUUUUAAAUGAAAGAAAACCAUACCAUGUCGAUGUCGGUGUGCAGGGGAAUCUUGAAGCACCAAACGUCGUUUUAAUUCCAGAGACAGAGCAACAGUCACGAGGAUAUAGCAGCAACAAAACAGACCUAAAGUCGUUUAUAUCUCACAAAGGUCUUAACCUAAAUCCCCGCAGUUUACAACAAGUAGAUCGUCAUUUUAUCAGUGUGAAGGAUGGUCCAACUAUAACCGAAGACUCUAGUUCGGGAAACGAAUACGAUACUUCCAGGAACAUUCCUAGUAUUUCUACCGAGAGUGGUACGUCGAUAAGGCGGAACGUGAGGCCUGGAGAAUUUUAUGAUAAAAAAGUGUGUGAUCUUAUAGAGAAUGGUAACGUGCCACCUAGUCUUGAUGUUAAAAAAGUUCAGGACAUUCGGUUGCGAAACCCAGAAAGCAUCAGUAACAAACUAAGUGGGGACUUGAAGACUCAGUCUUUGGCGGACUUCGAUAAAAUUAUCUCUGGUGCUGAAAGUAGGGGAAAUUCAAAAACGAUAGACACAGUGCCUACAUAUACACAAUUAUCUUCCAAUUUAAACACUCGAAGUUCAAAAGGAAUUCAUUCUCUUUGUACAACUUCUGACGGAAGGAGUUCUGGAAAAUCCAAAACAUUACUAACGGUGCCUUCAGAUGCUCGGUCGGACGCUAGUAAUAAGAGUAAACGGUCACAUAUUGAUAACACCUCAAACCCUGAAAGCACACGAAACUCUGACGAUAAUAUUUUAUCAUCUAAUCUUUCCACAUUAAAUUCAGACUUGAAAAAAAGUCGGGACUCUAUCAUAUCGUUUAACUGUGCCAAAGUAUCCCCUAACAAAGUUCCGGUGUUUCUACCGCAAAGCUCUCAAGAGAACGUGGUUAACGAAAAAACAUCAAGUUCAAGUUCUGAAGUGCAGAAAAGUCGUAAAUCAGAAAAAAAAAGAAAGAUCGAGACGAAUAAAUCUCAGCUUGCACGAAACAUAACCACUAGAAGUACAUCAAAUAAUAGCAUUCCCGAUAGUGAACCUAUUUUGACCGAGGUGUAUUCAGACAAGUUUACGAAAAGCGCCCCUUCUGGUGCAAGCGAUAAGGACUAUCAAACGCUACUCUCAACGUUAUGGCCAUCCUCGGAACAGAGCGACGGCUCUGAACGUAAACCGGCAAAGAAAUUAAGCAAUACGAGCAUCCAAACGGAAUCUGUAAAAACUGUUGAUAAUCCGUCGCUACAAUCUGAAAAGACAACAGCGAGUUCAAAGUCUUUAAAUGUCCCAAAAGCCUCUACUGAAGAGAUAUCUCAGACCGAUAAAUCCAAACCUACGAACAAGGCAAAGAACUCGAAGAUGUCAUUAAUAAUACACCGAAAAGAUAAAGGGGAUGAUUUUAAUAGUAAUGAUAAUAAAGAAGUAUUAUUCAGAAAUAUAACCCUUCGAUCCGGAGAUGAUAGAAAUAGUUUGAAAGAUCCUCAAGAAAUUCAUCUUAAAUUUGAAGCGGAGAUUCAUCUCAUCACCGAUUUUAAAGAAAGCAUCAGGCGUUUGUCGCAGAUAGAGGAAACCUUCGAGUCUCUGCGGCACAAUCGUGGUACAAAGUUGCCGGUAGAGGAGAAUGUUCAAUACGAAAAAGGGACCCAGACGUCGGUACCUAAUACCCCUACUACAAAUUCCAAAUCUCAAAAAAUCAAUACUCUUCAAGACAAAGGUACUGCGCAAAUCAAUACAAUUUCUGAAGGAAACACCGAAAGUCACCUGUUAAGUUUGUCACAGUUUUCAUUCCAUACCGAUUUUAAUAGCGAAAACUCAGCUAUGAAGUUAGAUGAUAGUUUCGCUAACUCUAUAUCUGACAACAACACAGGACCAUUGUCAGUUUCACAAAUUAAUCCAGAAAACUCGCUAAGAGAAAAAGGUGGUUUCUCCACAGGCGUAGGUGAUGAACACGUUGUCGUGAAAAAUAUUGCUGGGGUGUCCUUACGAAUGUUUGACCAGCUGCUGAACGACGAGGACGCCAGGAUAGAUAAUUGGAAAGUGUUGCUAAAAAUUAGGGAGCAGUUUCUACUAGAUCGGACUAAAGGCGAACUCGUAUGGUUAGAAAUGCAAAGAAAACAGUUGAUCGAGACAGGAAAAUUGUCAGAGGCGUCUCUAAUUAAAAAGAAACAAAGAGGGAUCCUGCUGAAGCAUCAACAAGAAAAAAUGGAGAUGCAAAGACUCAAGCAAAUGCAAAAGGAAGACUCGCAAAAGAGAAAAACGAUCCUGAAAAGGGAAAAAGAUCUGAUAAAAAGCCAAUUGAUGUCGGUUAAUAUGCUAUCGGGCCUCAGACCAUGCACUCCGAAAGAAAAGCGAGAAAGAAGACUUUCUGGUCCCCUUAGAGUUAUACAGACCAGCGGUACCACUUUAAGAUCAGAAACGUCCAUAUCGAAGAGUACAGUUGGCACUGAUGAAGAGAUUAAAAGCAUCACAACGCACACUUCAAAGACACAUUCCAUGGUGAAUAUCAUUUCAGAACAUUCGGAUAGUACCAUCACUGAUCUCGAACUACCGGAACUUCCCGGAAUCGGAUCGGACCAGGAGGUUAUUGGCAAUAACACUAUUUCCAACUUAAAAAAGACACUUUUAAUGAGAGAACAAGCACUGGCCAAACGAAAAAAGACCGUAGAAGAGUUAUUACAAUGGCACAAGAAACUGCAGGACGAAGAAAAGGCUAUAGCCGAUUUGGAAACAAAGAUUGUCACUAUUACUUCGAAAAUACCUAGCGAACUUAGGCAUAGACCACCCAGAAGAUCUAAAAGUCUUGGCACACUGUCAGUUAUAUCUAAUGAAAUUGAGGAUGUACAUUCAAUGCCUCAGUUAACUCACGAAACACUACAGCAAUCAAUAAGUGUUGAUAAUUCUAAAAAAUCUAUUAAGGAAUCUUCAGAGAUAUCCCAAACAAAUAUCUUAACAGAAGAUAAUUCUCCGGCAUUGGAAGAAUCGAAUAAGGCAGUAUCAUCGGCCAAUUACACCGCCGAUUUUGAUAUUGAAACUGCAGCCACAGUUUCGGAAGAACAAAAUAGCGUAUCAUCUAUAAGUCAACUAAUAGAGGACUUUAGCAAAAUUAAAGAUAAUAUUUUAAAUUUAAAUUCAGUGUCAACUAAAGAAUCCGCUUCUAUCAAGAGUGAAUUAGCAUUAGAAGAACCAAUAAAAGCCGUAGUUCAUAAAGAAAAUGAGGACAGUCCUAUUAGUAAAGCGGGUGUUGAUGAAAUUGUUGCAGAAGAACUAAAUGACACUAUUGCGGUGUCAAAUGAAUUGGAACACCAGAUAGAUGCAGAGAGUAAUACAAAUACAGAACCAGAACUCUUAUCUGAUGCUUUAGUGUACGUAGUGGAAGAGCCAUGUAGUAGUAUUAGCGAAAGUAAGGAGAAAAUAGCAAGUGCAGUUGAAAUUGAAGAAAUUCCUUCAAUUGAAGAUAAUGAAAAUGAUCAAAUUUCGGUUAUCGAAAUAUCAAGUGAUACUGAGUUUACGGUGCAGCACGAUUCCAUCGCAGAACCCAAUAUACAAGUGUCCACCAGUUCCAAUGUACAAUCGGUGGAACCUUCUGCUAGUGAAGAACACGAUAUUUCAGAAACAUCCGACGUACAUCUCUCAAUCGCCAGUAACCGGAUUUCAGACGGACCUCAUGAUAUUACUGCGGAACCUGAAGCCACCGAAAUUCAUUCGUUCGAACCAGUUGAGUCAUUAUCUACAGAGAAUGUGGCAGAAGAAAGUUUUGAGCAAAUCGACGAUAGUGCAAGUACUGUGUUAUCAAUACAAAACAGAAUCCCCGAGGGCACUUCCGUGGGUGUUAGUAAUAAUAGCCAAAACUCUACGACCCUGGACCAAGAUGAUGCUAUACAAUCAAUGGAGAAUAAAACAGACGAAGAAAAAGCAGCUCUUCGAUCCGUUGAAAACAUACCAAAUGCCAGCGUUGAGUCAUUAUCCAGUAUAUCGUCAGACAUUCCGGCAAUAGAAUCGCAGAGAUCUGCGAGCACCAGUUCGCCUGAAUCUGUUCAAAGAGAUUUCUCCAUUCCCAAGCCAUGCAGUUCAGUUAGUGUGGAGAGAAGAAUUCCUGAAAUGGCGGCAGUUGAAAGGAGUGUGGACCAAGUGGUGUCAGAAACAAGUCAAUCGUUGGAUGAUAAACGACCAUUUCUACUUGGAAGCGAAGCUGAAGAACUUCACAGAAAACAACUGGCUAUUGAGCAAGAGAUCAAAUUUUUGAAAGAACAACAGCAGAAAGAAGCAGCAGCCCCAUUUUACAUCAGAGAGAUUCCCAAUAAGCCGCCUCCGCCCUAUACGCCGCCGUCGAAAACAAAACCACCAAAAUCAUCGACUAUUAUCCCUAGUUCAAAAGAAGAGGUUGAGCAAAUAACCGAGUACUCGGCUAAAAUUUUAUAUAACGCCUAUCGUUCCAAAAACCUGGAAAAGAUAAACAUAUCGGAGAACACACUAAACCUAAUUGCUAAAAAUAUUGAUAAAAGUUGCUACAAGUAUGUCUUUGACCUUUGCAAGGAAAUAGCCCAAGAAUAUUACAGCCAAUUCAGUACCAAUGGCCCCUCGUGGCUACAAGUAGAUGCCAAACCAGCACAGGCUCAUAUCAACACACCUGAUGUAGAGGCUCUGAAAAAGUUUUUGAAUUCGAAACUGUUGAUCUUGUUCGAAUUUGAAAAAGCUGCCACCAAGCGAGAAAAUGCAAUAACCAAGUGGUCGAAGAAGAAAAGAGAUCAUGUAGAUGAACCGCUGCUUCAGCAACUGCUGGCAGAGGAACCUACAUGGACCAACUUUGAUUAUGAUGAAGCGCGACUAAAAGAUCGUUUGACCAACGAAAUUAUGGAUAUUCUUCUUAAAGACUGUGCACAGGCGGUUAAAAAGGCUUUAGUCAAAAAAUUUGAAUGCGAGUGAUAUUCUCUGGGUUCAGUGCUUUGUAAAUAAUAGGCCUAAAGAUAAUUAUUGGUAAUAGAGACUUAAGUUAAUUUUUAAAUUUGCUACGAAAUCUUUCUGAAGGUAAACUUUUAAUUAUUAUUGAUCAAUGUUUGUCAUUCUUUCCAAUGGAUCUCUGGUUCCAACUAAAUGUUAUUAAUAAAAUGUUAUGUUUUUAUAAAACUGCACGAUAUAUUUAUAUUUUGUUUUUAUAAAACUAAAGCACUGAUUAUGUACAAUCUAUUUUGAUUCUAAUUUCAUAAGUAAAUAUACGUUUUACGAUUAUCGUUCACGAAUUAAAUAUCUAAGGAAGUUAAAAUAUUUAAAAGUGUAAGGACUGGCAUCUCUCUAACCCAUCUCAUCCUAUGUCAUCACAACUCACCCCCGAUUCCAUUCAUCAGAAUUUUAUUUUGAGAACGGUACAGUGUAAAAAGGAGAGAACUUAAAAUUGAUUCCUAUGGUAGGUCAGACAAUAGUUCUAGGUUACGAGAAUUCUCCUCAAUUCUUAAGUAUUUAAGUAAAGAACAACAAUAACAAGCGAGCUUUUUCAACUAUUUAAAAAUGAUUACUUCUCUCUAGCAAAGUUUACCAAAUGAGGAAGAAUUGGGUGAUAAGUGAAGAGUACAAAAGCCGUAUCGUCAUUUAUUGGACAUCAUUUUCUUUUUUAGUUGUAUAGAUAUAGUGUGUCCCACUUAAGGGUUUUGACCACUUUAAAAUUUUUGUUUCUUGACCAAUUUUCAAAAACUUUUUUUGUUGGAUAGAUGGUCAAAAAUGGCACUUAUGAGCCAAGUUCUACAUUUAGAGAUAGCAGGCCAUGGCUUACUGUAUUCAAGUUUGAAGUGCGAAAAAUCAAAAGUAGUAUUAGCGAUAUUUAUUUUUUUUAAAUGGUACUGGAUUAUUGUUCAGGACCACUUAAAACAUAAGUGUACCAAAUUUGGUUAUGAUAGUAUACAGGGUGUUGAAAUAAAUUGGAGUAAAAUUUUUAAAAGGCGCAAUAACAUUCUUAAACAAACAUUUUUUAAAUUUUUGACUAAUUGGCAUGCGUCUUGAGAAGACGAAGGUUGGAAAUAUCCUUCAAUAAACAACAAUCAAUCAUAUUAUCAUACUAUUUUGGGCUUCACAAUAAUACAACUUCAUUUAUACAUUUUUUAGUUUUAUUUCAUUGUUAGGUUGCAAUUCACACUUCACUAGUUACUUAAUAAUGUAAUGUAGGCUAAGCAGCAAAAACUGAAAACAAUUACCUUAAAGAAUUACCUAACACCAAAGAUAAUAAUACUACUAGUAUUUUAUCUUUGCUAACACUCACAUUUAAAAAUUAAUGGCACAAAACUAAAUAUUAGUUCCUUCAAUAUGUCCUCCAUUAAUUCUUAUACAUUUUUCUAUGCGUCUUCUGUUGUUUACUACCACUCUUCUUAACUGUACCCUGCUUAUUUCAUUACACUCUUGUCUAAUGCUCUCACAAAGAUCAUGUAGAGUUUGCGGUCUUGAUUUGUACACUUUGUUUUUAAGGGUUCCCCAAAGAAAAAAAUCUAAGCGAGAAAGGUCGGGGAAACGUGCUAGCCACUGAAUUAAUGGACUGUUUCGUCCUAUCCAUCGAUUCGGAUAAUUCUGAUUUAGCCAAUUCCGCACUACCACUGCAUUGUGGAUAAGCGCACCGUCAAAUUGUAUGUGUAAGUUUCUUGUUUCGGCUAACGGAAAAUCAUCGAUUACGUCAAUAAAAUCACCUUCCAGGAAUCGAAGAAAAUUAAGUCCAUUUAGAUUUUCAUUAAAGAAAAACGGCCCGAUUAUACGUUCGUUCAUGAUACCGCACCAUAUGUUAAUUUUCUGCGAAUACUGCCUUUUACAUUGUAUCACCCAAUGGGGACUUACGUUACUCCACAUUCUAAUAGUUUGAUUGAGAUGACACAAUGCCGUUUGUAGUAAAUGUUGCCUCAUCGGUCUAUAAAGUAAUUUUCAAAAAUGUAGGGUUAGCCAAAUACUCGCCUUGUAACCACAAACAAUAUUCCAUCCUGCGUUCUUCAUCCCCGUGUUCCAAAGUGUGAAGGAAUAUAGGCUUGAAAGGCUUCUUGUUAUUUUUCUUUAAACACCUCCAUAUGCUUUAAUUUUUGGAAAUAUAAGUUGGCACUAGCAACUCUAAUGCUAGAUUGCGGAUUAACAUUAAAGUAUUCAAGAAUUAUUUGGUUAUUAUUAUUUGCUCGAUUACGAUGUAAAUAAGGACGUACUCCUCCUACUGAACCAGACUGAUCAAACCCGUAGUUUAUUGUAGCUAUUGUUGAAUGGUGGAUGUUUUUCCGCCGCAGCUUCACAGAGAAAUGUUCUAACUCCAUCGCCAACUAGCCGCACGACUUCAACUCUUUCGUUUAAAUUAUAAUCACCCAUAAUUGUUCGACAAGCAGUCAAAAUGAACUAAAUGCAUGAAAACUUUGACAUACUGUCAGGAACAUUUUCUUUCAUAGCAUACUUGGGUAAAAUUCCCACAAAAUAAUCAGACACAAGAAUCUUUGGAAUUUAACAAACAAACUCAUAAAAAAACAAACAAAUUGAGCCCAAAAUAGUAUGAUAAUAUGAUCGAUUGUUGUUUAUUGAAGGAUAUUUCCAACCUUUGUCUUCUCAAGACGCAUGCCAAUUAGUCAAAAAUUUUUGUUUAAGAAUGUUAUUGCGCCUUUUAAAAAUUUUACUCCAAUUUAUUUCAACACCCUGUAUACUAUCAUAACCAAAUUUGGUACACUUAUGUUUUAAGUGGUCCUGAACAAUAAUCCAGUACCAUUUUAAAAAAAUAAAUAUUGCUAAUACUACUUUUGAUUUUUCGCACUUCAAACUUGAAUACAGUAAGCCAUGGCCUGCUAUCUCUAAAUGUAGAACUUGGCUCAUAAGUGCCAUUUUUGACCAUCUAUCCAACAAAAAAAGUUUUUGAAAAUUGGUCAAGAAACAAAAAUUUUAGAGGGGUGGCUAACCCUUAAAUGGGACACACUGUAUAUCAUUAAAAUUAAUAUUAAUUAGUUACCAUGCCAUCCUGGAAAUGAUAAUUGGUUCUCUGAGUACUUCAUAAGUUGACCAGUAGUCUUUGAAGUUGGGUAAUAUCUGCAUGGUCGUCAGUAAUCUUACACCCAAAAAGACUUUAAUUUCUUUGUUUAUUUGAUAAACAAUGUGAACAAUCAGAUCUUUAGGAAGCAGAUUUAAAAAACAGUGUAGGUGUUUCAAUAGUAGAUUUGAUCCGGACUCUUAAAACCUCCUUAGUUUGUUAACGUUCACUGGAUCGUUGGUUCAAUAAAAAGACCGAAAUAUAUAUAUAUAUAUAUCUUUUAAAAAUGCUAAUGAGAUUUCGUCGUCAAUUUCCCACUCUAUUUGAAGGAAUUUAGUUUUUUGUUUUCAGUAAAAUUGUCAAAAAUUACAUUGAUAUUCUCGAUAUUAAAAAGUUCCUCAUUUCUAUCAAUAUUUUCUUGAAUAAUAGGAACACGUGCAUCAUCUUUAAAGAAACUUCAACUCAACUUUGAAAUGUGAUUUCCGUUCCUAACCAGAAGACCUCAAAAAGUUAUGAAAUGUGAAUCUAAUUUGGUCUUUUUUAAUAGGCUAUAUGUAUAUUUUGUAGUUUAAUAAAUUAAGUGAUUUUUUGGAACAAUAAGCACCUUAAAUUUAAAAAAAUAUCGUUAAAAGGCUAAUAAGCCUAACUCUCUAAUGACUGAAGUUCUUAUCUUUGAUUUCAGAUCUGGCUACAGGAUAAUUCCUUAUAGGAAUAUCCAUGCUACUCUAGUAAAGGAUUAUCUCUGGUAAUAAACAAAAUUAGUUAAAUUUAUCCGAUGUCUAUUUAAUUUUUUUGACAGGUUAAUUUCAGUCUAAGUACUACUUAAAUAUAUCUGUCACUCGCUGACGCAAGCAUUUUUUUAAAAUUAUAUUGUUCCAUUAAAUGGCUUUUUUCUAUAGGUGUUAGUUAAUUGUAGAUUAAUUAUUGUUACUUUUAGAUGAUGUAAUAAUAGAUCUCUAUGUACAGUUUUCGUAUGUUUUUUAAAAAAUAAAGUAUUUUUUGUAAUAAA